CCCCGCCGACCCCGCGCCCGCCGCCAUGGGCGCCGCGGCCCUGCGCGCCCUGCCCUGGGCCCUGCUGCUGCUGGGGCCGCUGCUGCCCGGCCAGGGCUUGCAGGCCAACUCCGAGCCCCCGCAGCGGCACCCGGCCCCUCUGCCCGCGGGCGAGAGCGGCGGCUUCACCACGGCGCCGCCCGGCUCUGCCCAGGAGAUCCUGCCGCUGCACCGGCAGCCGGCCAACGCCUCGGCAGAGGAGCACGCCAAGCCCCGCAAAGCCUUCCCCGUCCUGGGCAUCGACUACACCCACGUCCGCAUCCCCUUCGAGAUCUCCCUCUGGAUCCUCCUGGCCUGCCUCAUGAAGCUGGGCUUCCAUGUGAUCCCUUCAGUGUCCAGCAUCGUUCCUGAGAGCUGCCUGCUCAUCGUGGUGGGCCUUUUGGUUGGGGGCCUCAUCAAAGGGGUGGGUGAAAAGCCCCCCAUCCUCAAGUCAGACAUCUUCUUCCUCUUCCUCCUCCCACCCAUCAUCUUGGAUGCCGGCUAUUUCCUCCCCUUGCGCCAGUUCACCGAGAACCUGGGCACCAUCCUCAUCUUCGCCGUGGUGGGGACACUCUGGAAUGCCUUCUUCUUGGGUGGCUUGAUGUAUGCCGUGUGCCAGCUCGGUGGCCCUGGCCUCAACCACAUCGGCCUCUUGGCCAACCUGCUUUUCGGCAGCAUCAUCUCGGCUGUGGACCCGGUGGCCGUGCUUGCUGUCUUUGAGGAGAUCCACAUCAAUGAGCUGCUCCACAUCCUGGUCUUCGGGGAGUCCCUGCUCAAUGAUGCUGUCACGGUGGUCCUCUACCACCUCUUUGAGGAGUUUGCCAACUUCGAGCAGGUGACCAUCAUCGACAUCAUCCUCGGCUUCCUCAGCUUCUUCGUGGUGUCGCUGGGCGGCGUCUUCGUGGGUGUCAUUUAUGGGGUGAUCGCUGCCUUCACGUCCCGCUUCACCUCCCACAUCCGAGUCAUCGAGCCCCUCUUCGUCUUCCUCUACAGCUACAUGGCCUAUCUCUCUGCUGAGCUCUUCCACCUCUCCGGCAUCAUGGCGCUCAUCGCCUCUGGUGUGGUCAUGCGGCCCUAUGUGGAAGCCAACAUCUCCCACAAGUCCCACACCACUAUCAAGUACUUCCUCAAGAUGUGGAGCAGUGUGAGCGAGACCCUCAUCUUCAUCUUCCUGGGUGUCUCCACUGUGGCUGGCCACCACUACUGGAACUGGACCUUUGUCAUCAGCACACUGCUCUUCUGCCUCAUUGCAAGGGUUCUAGGUGUCCUGGUCCUCACCUGGUUCAUCAACAAGUUCCGAAUCGUGAAGCUGACGCCAAAAGACCAGUUCAUCAUCGCCUACGGGGGCCUGCGGGGAGCCAUCGCCUUCUCCCUCGGGUACCUCCUGGACUACAGGCAUUUUGGCAUGAGGGACAUGUUCCUCACAGCCAUCAUCACAGUCAUCUUCUUUACCGUUUUCGUGCAGGGCAUGACCAUCCGGCCCUUGGUGGACCUGCUGGCUGUAAAGAAGAAGCAGGAGACAAAGCGCUCCAUCAAUGAAGAGAUCCACACGCAGUUCUUGGAUCACCUUCUGACAGGGAUCGAAGAUAUCUGUGGUCACUACGGGCAUCACCACUGGAAGGACAAGCUGAAUCGCUUCAACAAGAAGUACGUGAAGAAGUGCCUGAUCGCGGGGGAGCGCUCCAAGGAGCCCCAGCUCAUCGCGUUCUACCAUAAGAUGGAGAUGAAGCAGGCAAUCGAGCUGGUGGAGAGCGGGGGCAUAGGCAAGAUCCCCUCUGCUGUCUCCACUGUGUCCAUCCAGAACAUCAACCCCAAGACGCUCCCUGUGGAGCGCGCCCUUCCCGCCCUCUCCAAGGACAAGGAGGAGGAAAUCCGGAAAAUCCUCCGCAACAACCUGCAGAAGACCCGGCAGAGGUUGAGAUCCUACAACCGGCACACGCUGGUGGCUGACCCCUACGAGGAGGCCUGGAAUCAGAUGCUGCUGCGGAGGCAGAAGGUCCGGCAGCUGGAACAGAAGAUGAACAACUACCUGACGGUGCCGGCUCACAGGCUGGAUUCACCCACCAUGUCCCGGGCUCGCAUAGGCUCAGACCCUCUGGCCUAUGAACCCAAGGCAGACUCUGAGAACCUGCCCAUCAUCACCAUCGACCCAGCCUCGCCGCAGUCCCCGGAAUCCGUGGACCUGAUGAAUGAGGAGCCCAAGGGCUGCAGUGGGCUCCCUCCCUCGCCGGAGGAGGAUGAGGAGGGGCUGGUGAUGCAGGUGAAGGAGCCUUCCUCACCGGGCACUGACGAUGUCUUCACCCCGGGCACCGGUGACAGCCCCAGCAACCAGCGGAUGCUGCGAUGCCUCAGUGACCCGGGGCCUCGGCCAGAGCCUGAGGAAGGGGAGCCCUUCAUCCCCAAGGGGCAGUAGCCAGCGUGCAAAGCCUCACGCGCCUCCAGACCAUUUCUCUCUCUUCAUUUCUUCUUUCUCUGCUCUCCCUUUUGGUUUCCUCUAUCACUACACACCGGCUUCGGGAAGGGGAGACUGUCCUGGAUGGGCUGGGAUCGCCAGGACAGCUUUGCCUAGCGCGCCCUGGGCUGGCCCCGAGGAGCGGGGAAGGAGCCCCCGGGAUGCACUGAGCUCCUCAGCCUGGGGGGGACGGACAAUUCACCCCCAGGGCUGGGCUUUGGGAUUUGCAGGUGCCCCGGAGGGGCUUCCCUGGAGGCUGCCCACAGGGUGGGCUCUGGCCAGGGAGCUGGGGGUGUCCGUGACGGCUGCCCCAUGGCACUGGUUCACCUCUCCCUGGCUUGUGCUUUCCCUGCUUCGGAGCAGAGGUAGGAGGACAGGAGCCAGGCUCCGCACCAGGGACCCUCCCGGGGACCUCAGGCUCACGUCGCUACUCCCGCCUUGGCCACUUCCCCCCCGGAGCCCCUCUGGCCCCGCAUUCCACGCCAGGUCUUGUUCAAUAGAUAUCCUAGAGCCAUGCAAGGGGGAGCCGGGGCCCCUCGCUCCGAGUGGCCUUGCAAGCCUGGGCCUUUCCAUCCCUCCUGGAACCGCUGCCACCCGUCCCCAUGGGACCCUCUGCCCCUCGCCCCGUGCCUGCGCGGCACCGGCUGCUCCUUAACCAAAGAUGGGUCCAGGCUCCCCGGUGUGGGGAGGGGGCAUGUGGGGGUU